UUUUGAAAGAUAAUUUAGAACUGAGUACGAGCUAAUUUGUUUGUUGUCAAAAACAAAAAUUUGGAUUUCAAGGAUUGGAUAGAAUCGAAUUGGGAAGGCCAGUUGGUAUGGACACGCACUCUUCCCACCUGAUAGCACCAGUCCGGUCUCGGAGCUCACAGUCUCCGUCGCCGUCGCAUUCUGCGUCGGCCUCAGCGACAUCAUCUAUUCACAAGCGCAAGCUGGCGUCUGAAGACCACGCGCCUCCGUUUCCCUCCUCAUUCUCUGACACGCGUGACGGUGCCCUGACAUCGAACGAUGACCUGGAGAGCAUCAGCGCACGGGGUGCUGACUCAGACUCCGAAGAUGAGUCCGAGGAGGUUGCCGAUGACGACGAGGAGUAUGACGAAUCCUCAAUGCGCACCUUCACGGCCUCAAGAUUGGAGAACAGUGGGGCGCCACUAGUUAGGAAUACGAAACUCAAGGCAGAUAAUUCUGUAAAAGUUGAGCCCAAUCAGGUGGUGAAAGACACAGUGAGUGGGGGUUCAGGGAAUUCCGUGGCUGCACCAGCUGGUGGAUCUGUUUCAGGAGUUGUGGUGAAGGAUGAAGCAAUGAGGAAUAUUUUUACUGAAAACUUACAGACUAGUGGAGCCUAUAUUGCAAGGGAAGAGAGUUUGAAGAGAGAGGAGGAAGCAGGAAGACUCAAGUUUGUAUGUGUUUCAAAUGAUGGUGUCGAUGACCACAUGAUUUGGUUGAUAGGAUUAAAGAACAUAUUUGCCAGACAAUUACCUAACAUGCCCAGGGAUUACAUUGUCCGUCUUGUAAUGGACAGAAACCAUAAAUCUGUAAUGGUCAUUAGACGUAAUCAAGCUGUUGGUGGCACAACAUACCAAGUGGUUGGUGGGAUAACAUACCGCCCUUACUUAAGCCAGAAGUUUGGGGAAAUAGCUUUCUGUGCUAUUACUGCAGAUGAACAAGUUAAGGGCUAUGGCACCAGACUUAUGAACCACUUAAAACAGUUUGCACGUGAUGAUGAUGGGCUGACCCACUUUCUCACAUAUGCUGAUAACAAUGCUGUUGGUUACUUUGUCAAACAGGGAUUUACAAAGGAGAUUUAUUUGGAGAAGGAACGUUGGCAGGGGUACAUUAAGGAUUAUGAUGGGGGGAUCCUUAUGGAAUGCAAAAUUGAUCCAAAGCUUCCGUAUACUAAUUUAUCAACCAUGAUACGCCGUCAGAGACAGGCAAUUGAUGAAAAGAUACGAGAACUUUCAAAUUGUCAUAUUAUCUACCAAGGAAUGGAUUUUCAGAAGAAGGAAGCAGGUAUUCCCAGAAAAGCCUUUAAGGUUGAAGACAUAGCUGGUUUAAGAGAGGCUGGGUGGACCAGUGAUCAAUAUGGUUAUUCGCGGUUUAAAGCAAUGAACUUGUCUGAUCAGAAGUUAUUGGCAACAUUCAUGCGCUCACUUGUAAAGGCUAUGCAAGAUCAUCCUGAUGCUUGGCCAUUCAAGGAUCCAGUCGAUGCACGGGAAGUCCCUGAUUAUUACGAUAUCAUCAAAGAUCCAAUGGAUUUGAAAAUGUUGUCGAAGCGGGUAGAGUCGGAGCUAUACUACGUCACACUUGACAUGUUCGUUGCGGAUGUCAGGAGGAUGUUCACCAAUGCUCGCACCUAUAAUUCCCCAGAAACCAUUUAUUAUAAAUGUGCAACCAGGUUGGAAUCCCAUUUCUCUAACAAAGUUCAAGCUGGCCUCCAGUCUGGUGUUAAAAUUCAAUAGCAUCUCAAGAGUGGGGAGACUAUAACUCCUAUAAGUUGACAUACUUAUUGAUUACAGUUGUGGGGCUAUGACUUUACUAAUGGUAUGAUAAUGUUUGGGUUUUAAAUAUCACCAGCCGUAAUGUAGACAGGUCAGCAUGAAGUUUCCUCUGUAUAUUUUGUACUCUUAAUAAGUCUAAAUAAAUGCGAUUAUAUUAAACUCUUAAUGGGUAUGGAUGGUUCCAAAUGCGGCUAUAUAUUCGAUGUUAUGUUUAUUCAAAGGAAUGUUCGUGUUUCCUUCUACUUUUGCCUAUUUCUGGCAAUUCUGGGAAGUGAUUUAUUUAAAAAAUUAUAUGAAAA